AUGAGGCCGUCUCCGGUCAUUCUCUUGUCGGCGGCAUUGCUGUGCCAGCAGACAACGGCACUGUCGCUGCCGAAGAACCGCGAGCGGGACCUGUCAAGCCUGCUCUCGGGGAAACUCGACGUCCUUGAUCUCCUCGACAGGGUGCCCGGCGUAGUGGAUAAGGUCGUCAACACUACGAUCCUCGUUGUGAGAGCGCUGAGGGAGACCGUUACGGAGAAUGGGAUCACUCAAGACGAUUUGAACACUGCGCUGGGCAUCAACAGCACCACAGGCUUGCCCGUAGGUAACUCGACGUCGUCGGCCGUGACGUGUCCGGACGUUGCUGUUAUCUUUGCAAGGGGAACAAAUGAACCCGGCAACGUGGGCUUCCUCACGGGUCCGCCCUUCUUCGACGCCCUCCGAACAUACAUGAACGGAACCGGGACCAUCUCCAUCCAGGGCGUCAAUCAGUACCCCGCGGACCCGCCGGGCUUCUUCGCAGGCGGCUCCACGACGGGUGCUACCUCGGCCGCGGCGGUCGCCUCCCGCACGCUGUCCGUGUGCCCCAACACGCGCCUCACGAUUUCGGGCUAUUCGCAGGGCUCGCAGGUGGCCCGCCUCGCUAUUGCGCAGCUGCCACCCAACCAGCAGGCUCGCAUCGCGAGCGUCGUCCUGUUCGGCGACCCGCUCGGCGGCGCGGCGGUCCCCGGCGUCGACGGCACGCGCCUGCUCGUCGUCUGCCACACGGGCGACAACAUCUGCCAGGGCGGUAACUUCAUCUUCUCGCCGCACCUUGACUACAGCCUCGACGCGCCGACGGCGGCGCUCUUCGUGAUGCAGAGGAGCAGACUCGGCCUCGCGAGCCGGGACGCCCAGAACGAGGGCAUGGGCGCGACUGUGGUCGGCACGGUGCAAGGAAUCAUGCAGUCUCCCAAGAGCGGGAUAGCGAGCGAUUAG